AUGGAGAAGAACAACAUGAGACAUGAGGCAUGGGGAUCUUUGAGAGAUGGAGAUUUUCAAGAAGAUGAUGUGUGGGAUGUUCUUGAUGGACAUCAUCAAUCAUCCUUCAUGAUCAGCAACCAUACCACGAAACCCUCUUUUUCAACCCAAAGUUUACUUUCAACCGAACCUCAAAAGAUUCCUAAGAGACACAUUAGAGAAGGAAUGACACCUAUUAGACAACAUUCGGUUCCUGUCAAUGUUCCUGACUGGUCAAUAGUUCAAGAAAGGACUAGAAAGCAAGUUGAUGUUGAUGAUAAUGAGAUUGUGUCUCCGGAGGAGUAUUUUAUGCGGCGCAGUAGAUCAUCCUCGUCGUCCUCGGUUAUGGAAGGAGUUGGAAGGAAAUUGAAAGGAAGAGAUUUGAGCAAAGUUAGGAAUGCCGUAUUGAAGAAAACUGGAUUUCUUGAAUAG